AUGCUAACCAUAGACCAAAUGAGAGAGCUGUCGCCUGCAGAAGCUCGUCUUCUGAUAAGGGAAGGCAAGCUGGACCAGAUGGGCUCCGUCGCAGACGGUUACAUGCAAGUGAACAUGGUGUGUCUUCCAGAAAAGUAUGCUGAUGAUUUCCGGGAGUUUUGCCGUCGUAACCCGGUUCCAUGUCCAUUGGUGUCGGAGACCGCAGUUGGAGACCCUACCGUGGUUCUAGAUGUUCAAAAACACAAGCUGCUGGAAAACGGCAACGUUGCUACGGAUAUUCCAAAAUACUGUGUUUACCACGGAGGUGAUCUUGUUUCCGUGGAGAAGAACAUAGUGGAGCAAUGGAAAGAGAACUACGUGGGAUUUUUGAUUGGAUGCUCGUUUUCGUUUGAAGGAGCUCUUCACAAGGCUGGAUUUCCUUCCAGAUACAGAAUCAAGGGAACUGUCGUCUCGAUGUACAAAACCAAUAUCAAACUUUGUCCCUCUGGAGUAUUCAAAGGAUACUAUGUGGUUUCUAUGAGACCCAUCAAGGCAGACAAAAUUGAGGAAGUCAGGAAGAUCACCUCGAAAUAUGGCCAGUGUCACGGUAGUCCCAUUGCAUGGGGUUACGAAGAGGCUCUUGAGAUCGGCAUCAAGGAUAUUGCCAAGCCAGAUUAUGGUGAUCCAAUCGAGAUUUUGGAGGACGAAAUUCCUGUGUUUUGGGGUUGCGGUGUGACACCACAGUACGCUUUGGUCGAGGCCAAUCUACCAGAGGAGGUUUACUCGCACCACCCCGGGUUUCCCUUGGUGCUGGAUAUCCAUGAGAAUGAUUUUUUUGGACUAUAG